GAAACAUAACAAACAAAACGAUUCAGACAACUACAAAAAAAAAAAAAAAAAAAAAACAUGACGAAACCGUUUGAGUUCCAUGGUGUGGAGGCGGAGAAAGCAGAAGCGAUGAGGAGAUACAACAACCAAAAAUGCUUCCGGAACAUUAUACGAGCAUGCGCCGUCGCUUUACUGUUUUACUUGUGGUUUCCGACAGUGACGGUUUCACUGCUAGCUGUCGGCGACUGGUUUUACCGAACCGGAGCGGUUAUCGUAACCAAUCGUACCGUUGUCUUCGUCUCCGCAAACUUACUCGUCGCUUUGGUUUUCAUUCUAUCUCGCGAUCGCGACGACGAGAGUAGUUCCAAACCAGAUCUAUACGAUCAGUACACCUCCUCCUCAUCCUCCUCCGCCGUUAUCGUACCCGCCGCUGAUGAAAAAGUGGUAGACGAUGAUGGUCCGAAGAAUCAAACCGUUGCGGCGUUGGUCGAGGAGGUAGUUGCGGAGAGGCAAAUCGUUCCGGCGUUGGUAGAGGAGGUAGUCGCAGAGAAGCAAAUCGUUCCGGCGUUUAUUGAGGAGAAGGUGGCUGUGGAGGAGGUGGAGGCGGUUACAACAGAGUUAAAGAGGACCUAUAGGAGGACGAAGUCGGAGAGAAAGAAGAAGGUUAACCGGCCGGUGACGGAGUUUCGAAGGACAGAGUCGGCGAACUCGGGGAUAGAGAGAUUGAGCAGCGAGGAGUUUCGUUUGAAGGUAGAGGCAUUUAUAAUGGAGAAGAAGAGAUGUCUUGUUCAGGAAGAAAACGACGUCGUUGCAUGUGGACUUGAGCUGGUUGGUGCUGCUGACUCUAGCUAUGGAUCGUACUAAGUAGAUGUGCAGAAAUGUGAUAAUCUCAAAUUAUAUUAUCUACUUUUGAUUAGUUUUAGGAGCGCUCUUCAAAACUAGACGCAAAAUCAUUGGCUAUAUUUUCAUUGCUGAUGAUUAUGUUUUGUGACGGUGAAGCGAGAUUAGCUGAUUUUCUUUGUUACAAAACGUAUUUGAAUAAAAUAUCAUUCGGACGGUUUGUCGUA